AUGAGAAUUGAGCUGAAGCUGUGGGGCUCCAUAGCUUUCCUAUUCACACUCUUUAUCACAUAUGUUGUAUCGGAGUCUAAUUUCAAACCUGAGAUAAAAUUGACAAAGGAAGCUGAAAUUGCGAAAGAAUAUAACUACUUUGAUGAUUCUUCCAAUAUAUUGGUUUUGAGAAAGGAUAAACUUGCUAUUUCCUUUGAUGAUGGGAUAAAUUGGAAGAAUGUGAAGGAAACAGAAAACGAGAGUGUGAUUCGCUACCAGUUUGAUCCAUUUAACAAUGAUCGAGCUUUUGCUUUCACUAUAGACAAAUACCAGUACGUAACUAAUGAUAAAGGGAAAACCUGGUCGAAGUUUGAAAUCUUCGACCCCAAAAAUGGAAAAGAUCAUUUGGCUUUUAAUUCAAUCCCUCAUGUUGUAUUCAAUGCAAAAAAUCGUGAUUUGGCUCUUUUUGUCAUUUACCAUUGUCCAGAAGAUAAGAAGAUUUCAAAUCAAUGUGUAGUUUAUCAUUUUUUGACUACUGAUGGAUUUAAAUCUAAUCCGAAAUCUUUGCCUGUGGAUGCAAAUAUAUGCACAUUUGCAAAAUCAACUAAGCAGUACGAUGUGGGUUCGGAUGAAACUAUUUAUUGCUCGAGAAAUAAGAUCAAUUCAUUUGGACAUAUUGUUGAAUCAUACAUCGUUGCAUCUGAUGAUUUUUUCAAAACCGAAUCUAAAAUUAAUCAUACAUUAGCAAAAUCAGGCUCUAUAAUUGACGUUCGAGUAGUACAAAAUUUUGUUAUUGUCGUUGUACAAAAUGAUAAAUUUAAUACUAAGUCCAAAGUAUCUUUGUUAGUUUCUAAAGAUGGUAAGAACUUUAACGAUGCGGACUUGAAAGUGGAUAUUUCUUAUGGCAUAAUGAAAUUUUUGGAAUCAUCCCCACUGUCAAUAUUUAUAGCAGUUAUGGAUUAUUCUAAUUCUUUUCACAAGUUCUCAUUAUCUACAGUAUAUGCGUCUGAUUCAAGUGGUUUAAGUUUCUCUAAAGUAUUAGAUAAAGUUCAAGGAGGCUCUAUCCAAAAAGUUGAAACAAUAGAUGGUAUAUGGUUGGCAAAUAUUGCAGAAGAAAUUAAAGACAAUAAGGCCAAGAGUAAGACUUUACUUGAUAUGCUUAUGGGGGGUGGUAUUGAGAAGAAUAUAAAAAGCAGAGUUUCGUACAAUGAUGGAAGAGAUUGGAAUUUAUUGAAAAUCAAUAAUGAUGAUUCUUGCACUACUGAUAAUGACUGUUCGCUACAUUUGUUAAACCCUACGGAGAGAAACGGAGAAGGUAAAUUUGUAACUGGUCCAACUCCUGGGAUUCUACUUAGUGUAGGCAAUAAGGGCAGUAAGCUUGACAAUAAUAUCAGCAAAAUGAAAACAUGGAUAUCUAGGGAUGGAGGAAUUUCUUGGGAUUUUGCUUUAGAUGAGCCAUGUCUUUUCUCAUUUGGGGAUCAGGGUAAUAUUAUUGUGGCUAUACCAUACUAUGGAAAGAAUAAGAUGAAUUCCUCUAAUAUGUACUUCUCAUUGGAUCAAGGAAAAUCAUGGCAAAAUAUUGCAUUAGAAGUACCUAUCUUUCCUCUUACCUUAACUACGACUAUUGACGGUACUUCGCAGAAAUUUAUUCUUUCUGGCCUAAUUGACAAUACACCGGAUGAUCGAACAGAUUAUUCAUUUGCCGAAACUUUAUAUUCGAUUGAUUUUAGUAAAGCAUUUGGCGGCAAAAAAUGUGAUCCAAAGAAAGAUUUUGAAGAUAUAUAUACGAGACUUGACCCUAGCAAUGAUAAGCCAAUUUGUAUUUAUGGCCAUAAAGAAAAAUUCAGAAGAAGAAAGCAAAGUAGUGAAUGCUUUGUCAAUGAAUUGUUUGAUGAUGUAAAAGUCUAUGAUGAUCCUUGUGAGUGUAGCGUGAAUGACUUUGAAUGUGCUGAUGGAUUUUCAAGAACGAAAGAAAAAGAAUGUAAGCCAGACAAAAAGAAGAUUGCAAAUAUAUGUCGUGACAAGAAGUCUAAAGAGGUGUCCUUACCUGAUAGAAUGUUAGUGACUGAUAAUAAGUGCAAGAAUCCAAAAGACGCUACUAAAGAAUUUGUUAAAACAAAAAAAUUCAAAUGUAGCGAUUAUUUAGAUGAAGAUGACAAAGAUAAGAAUAAGGGUAACAAACACGAUAUUAUUUCCACCUUUAACGAAUUUGACAGUGAACUUCAGCAAUAUACAUACGUUGAACAGGGUGAAACGUAUAGUGGAGAAAACAUAAUUUUAAGGACUAAGGACAAUGUGGCUUAUGCGUCUAAUAAUGGAGGUAUAGAAUUCGUCAAAAUCCCUGUUUCAGACGAAAUAGUAACUUAUUAUCCAGGGUUAGUUCCGGGUCAAGUAAUUUUAAUUACUGAUUCCGAAAAGUUUUACUUUUCUAUAGAUGGUGGUAAUACGUUCCAGAAAAAAACUGCUCCCGCUAAGCCAAACGUUAUUGGUGCACGUAUAAUAUCUUUUGAUAAGAAGGAUACUGAAAAAUUUAUUUGGUACAGCAGCGAGAAUUGCGAAAAUCCAUUUAGUCGUGAUUGCAGCUUAGUGGCCUAUAUUACUGAAGAUGGCGGAGAAAAUUUCCAGAAAUUGAAAGAGGAUGUCAGAAGCUGUGACUUUGUGGCUGAUGUCUUUGAAGAUGUUUCCGAUGAAAACAAAAAUAUGAUAUAUUGUACCGUUGAAGAUAAAUCUAGUAGAAAAUUGAUGUUAUUGUCUUCAACCGACUAUUUUAAGCAAAGCAAGAAAGUCUUUGAUAAUGUUGUUGGAUACGCUAUCACAGGAAACUUUCUUGUUGUUGCAACGAUAGAUGAAACAGAACAAUCUUUGAAAGCAAAGGUGACUGUGGACGGACAGAUAUUUGCAGAUGCAGACUUUCCACCGGAUUUCCAUGUAGAUUCUCAGCAAGCCUAUACUGUUUUGGAUUCGGUAUCCAAAGCUAUAUUCAUUCAUGUGACUACAAGUAAUAAAAAUGGCCAUGAAUUUGGUUCGAUUUUGAAAUCGAACUCCAAUGGAACUUCAUAUAGUCUUACAUUGGAUAAAGUCAACAGAAAUCAUAUUGGUUAUGUCGACUACGACAGAAUUGAAGGAAUUGAAGGGGUAAUAAUUUCUAAUGUGGUUGCAAACGAUGGUUCUAAAAAUCAUAAAAAGUUAAAAACACAAAUCACGCAUAAUGACGGCGGUGAGUGGUCGUACAUUACCCCUCCAGUUAUUGAUUCCAAAGGUAAAAAAUAUAAAUGUAAUGGUAAAGCUUUGUCAAAAUGCUCUUUGAACUUGCAUGGAUUCACCGAAAGGGCUGAUUAUAGGGAUACUUUCUCAUCACCAUCUGCUAUUGGUCUUAUAAUGGGCGUAGGUAGUGUUGGUGAGUAUUUGGAAGAUUUUGAUAAGUGCUCCACAUUUAUUUCGAGAGACGGCGGGAUCACCUGGAAAGAAAUUAGAAAAGGUGUUUACAUGUGGGAAUAUGGUGAUAGAGGCACAAUUUUGGUUUUAGUAAAUGCAGAAAAGGCUACCGAUAAGCUUAUGUAUUCUUUAGAUGAGGGUGAUACCUGGCAUGAUUAUAAAUUCACAGAGGAAGCUAUUGACGUUUUGGAUCUAGCAACCGUUCCUUCAGACACAUCGAGAAAAUUUCUAAUAUUUGGAAAGAGUGACAAAAAAAUGGUGUCUUACUCUAUCGACUUUACUAAUAUCCACAAGAGACAAUGCCAAUUAGAUUUAGAUAAUCCAAAUGAUGACGAUUUCGAAUAUUGGUCGCCAACACAUCCUUCUACUUCAGACAAUUGUCUAUUUGGUCGUGAAGCCAAAUAUUUACGUCGUGCCAUUGGACAUGACGACUGUUUUAUUGGAAGUGCACCAUUGAAGGAAGGGUUUAAGGUUACUAGAAAUUGUUCAUGUACUCGAAAGGAUUAUGAGUGUGAUUACAAUUACUUUAGAGAUUCUGAUGACACUUGUAAAUUAGUUCAUGGGUUGUCUCCUUCAGAUCGUAAAAAGGAGAUGUGCAAAAAAGAAAAUGCAUUUGAGUAUUUUGAACCGACUGGAUAUAGGAAAAUCCCAUUAUCAACUUGUAUGGGCGGUAAGAACUUUGAUGCGUGGAAAGUACAUCCUUGCCCAGGAAAAGAAAAGCAAUUUAACAAGCAUUAUGGGAAGGAAUUGAACAGCGGAUCCCUUCUAGCUGUUAUUGGUAUUCCAAUAGCUGUCUUUUUAUUGGCAACGUGGUUUGUCUAUGAGAGAGGUAUUCGCCGAAAUGGCGGAUUCAAGAGAUUUGGACAAAUAAGGUUAGACCUUGAUGAUGAUGAGUUUCAUCCAAUAGAGAAUAAUGACGUGGAUAAGGCAGUAAAUAAAAUAGUUAAGGGUGGUAUUAUGGUCGUAGCAGCUUCAAUUGCAGCCUUCAAGACAUUAAGAAAGGUUGACAGAGUGUUGUUUGACAAAGUAACCUCUCUGCUUUUCCGUCGUCGCCCAGGUCAUAGAAACUACGUGAACGUUCCAGACAUUGAUGAGGAAGAAGAAUUAUUUGGCAACUUUCGUGAUAAUUAUGAGGAAGAGAUAGAAGACGGUGCUAAUAACAUUAAUGAAGACUUCGAUGAUGAACCCAAUGAAUAUGAAUAUGAAGAAGAGCCAAACGAUGAAGUUGACUCAAGGCUUUUUAAUAUCGAUGAUCAAUCUGAUGACGAGUUACAGUCUGCUACACCUGAAGAUAAUUAG